AUGGCCGAACACUCAUCACAGCUCCGGAGGCGCGAAGUCCAUCUAGAACAACGUAAUUUCAAUGAUCGAGCAAUCAUAGAAGGACCCCUAGCUCACCUUAGUGACAAGGAACUACAGAAGGAUGUCAAGGAGUUCUCAAGGCAUCUUCCGGGCAUCGAGUACGAACAGGUCCUCCGGGCAGCUAGGGUAGCCAAGAACAUCCGUACCUACGAUGAGGUCGCAAAGAACAUGGCCACAGAGACCAACCUGCUCGUGGCGCUGAAUACAGACGAGAAACAAGGCCUCGUCUCAGAACAACAGAACCUACGUGGUCAAUUCCGACAAAUCUUUCCCGUCGCUUUGACAGUCGGAUGCGCUGCUUUCUUGCAAGGUCAUGUUCAGGCAUCCAUCAACUGCUCGUCAUUAUAUGCAAAGCUGCUGCUGUCCGGAGACACGCCUGACCUGCAGCACUGGCUCCAGUUUGGGGAGCUCAGCCCCCUGCAGCAAUGGAAACUGGGUGCUAUGAACGCCAUGCCUUUCUUUGCGGCAGCGGUCAUUGGCACACCUUCUGCUCUUUUGUUCAACUACUGGAUCGGUCGCAGGGGCGCUAUCACCGUUGCAGCCUCGUUGAUUCUCGCCAGCUCCCUAGGCUCGGUAUGGACAACAACUUGGUGGCAACUCUUGUGCGUCAGGAUUGUCAACGGUUUCGCCAUGGGAAUUAAAGCCGUCAGUGCACCCAUUCUAGCAAGCGAAAUUGCGUCUACUCAGUGGCGAGGCUCGUCCAUUCUAAUGUGGCAACUAUGGGUCGCUUUUGGCAUCGCAACGGGUUCCGUGUUCAAUUUGGCAAUUGCCAACUGGUGUAAUGCACUGGGCGCAAGCGCGCUGCCAGAGAAUCAACGAAACGCAUUGAGACAAAUCCUUGGCGCACCCUUUGUGCCGUCAAUAAUACUCUUGGUCGCUCUGUGCUGGUGCAUAGAGAGCCCUCGGUACUACAUGCUACCAAACACACCACGCUUCAACGUUCUUCGGGCAUACGAGAUCCUACUGAGUGCCAGAGAAACCCAGCUCCAAGCCCUCAGAGACCUUUACUUGAUCCACAAAUCUGUGGAGUUGGACGAAUAUCAAUUCAGCCCGCCUGCGCAUCAGGUUGACAAUUUAACGUCGGGUUUCUACCAUUCGCUCCGACAAUACUGGUCCCUAUUUACCGUUGGGAAAUUGCAAAAUGCUGUGCUCAGUACCUGCGUGGUAGCUUUGGCACAGCAACUGUGUGGCAUCAACGUCUUUGCAUUCUACUCGAGUGAGUAUCUUGAUUACCAGGCGAGUAACACACAGCCUACUGACCCGGCCCGCUAUGAGAUUGCCAUGGGCCUCAGUGCUGGAUUUGGGGCCAUCAACUUCCUAUUUGGACUGCUGGCGAUCAAACGCAUCGAUACUUGGGGUCGGCGCAAGUUGAUGCUCAUCACAUUGCCACUGAUGAGCAUUUUCUUAGCAGCUGCGGCGUUGACAUUUGUCAAUUGGAACUCAAGUCAUCUGCCAGCACUCGUCGGGUGUGCGGUAGCUAUUUCAGUCAACCUUUUCUUCGCUGGAGUCCUUACCCUGUGCUAUCCCGCACUCGAUACUGUGGCAAACCACUGGGGCGGGCUUGUGCUCUUCUCAGGGCUGAAUAUGGUGGCGUUUGUACUGGUGUUUCUGUUGGUGGAGGAGACGAAAGGCUUCAGCCUGGAGGAUUUGAGUGUGGUAUUUGCAGUGCCCAAGAUCAAAUUGGUCAAGUUUCAGUUGGGCUAUUUGGGGUACUUAUGGCGAAAGUAUGCACUCAGGUCCAAGGAGGAUGAGCCUGAGUUCUAUACCUUUGCAUUUAUGGAGAGUAUGAACGUUGAAAACCUGGACGAGGAUUCUGAUGAUUUCAAUGAAGAGCUAUAG